GGCCGUGGCUGCUGUGAGUUGUUGCUGCUGCUACGGCGGGGCCGAGCUCUGGAGAGGCCUUCAUGUUGAACAUGAGCCUUGUUAUGAUCAGUGAGAAUGUAAAGCUGGCACGUGAAUAUGCUUUACUGGGAAAUUAUGACUCUGCAAUGGUCUACUACCAGGGAGUUCUUGACCAAAUGAAUAAGUACCUCUACUCUGUCAAAGAUACAUAUCUGCAACAGAAAUGGCAACAGGUUUGGCAGGAAAUAAGCGUGGAAGCUAAGCAUGUGAAAGAUAUAAUGAAAACCCUAGAGAGUUUUAAACUGGACAGUACUCCGUUGAAAGCUUCACAACAAGAAUUACCCACUCAUGAUGCAGAAGUUUGGUCUUUGCCUGUGCCAGCUGAACGUAGACCUUCGCCAGGACCCAGAAAACGUCAGUCUGCUCAGUGCAGUGACUGCAGAGGUCACAACAAUCGCCUCAGUGCAGCUGUCAGAGGGCCUCACCGUCCCUCCUCUCGAAACCCCAGUGAUAAAGGGAAGGCAGUCCGCAGCCGAGAAAAAAAGGAUCAGCAAAAUAAAGGAAAGGAGGAAAAGAGCAAAUCCACAUCUGAGAUUUCAGAGUCUGAACCAAAGAAAUUUGACAGUACUGGAUAUGACAAAGAUUUAGUAGAAGCUUUGGAAAGAGAUAUAAUUUCUCAGAAUCCCAACAUUCGAUGGGAUGACAUUGCUGAUUUAGUAGAAGCCAAAAAGCUCCUUAAGGAAGCCGUAGUUUUACCAAUGUGGAUGCCGGAGUUUUUUAAGGGAAUUAGAAGACCGUGGAAGGGUGUGCUGAUGGUUGGUCCCCCUGGUACUGGAAAAACCCUCCUGGCAAAAGCUGUAGCCACUGAAUGCAAGACUACUUUUUUCAAUGUUUCUUCUUCAACACUUACCUCAAAAUACAGAGGAGAAUCUGAGAAACUUGUUCGUUUACUGUUUGAAAUGGCUCGAUUUUAUGCUCCAACAACUAUAUUUAUUGAUGAGAUAGACUCUAUCUGUAGUCGCAGGGGAACUUCAGAAGAGCACGAAGCAAGCCGACGUGUGAAGGCAGAACUGCUGGUUCAAAUGGAUGGUGUUGGAGGGGCUACUGAAAAUGAUGACCCUUCAAAGAUGGUCAUGGUACUUGCUGCUACUAAUUUUCCUUGGGAUAUUGAUGAAGCUCUAAGACGAAGACUAGAAAAGAGAAUUUACAUUCCUUUACCAUCAGCAAAAGGUAGAGAGGAACUUCUAAGAAUAAAUCUGCGAGAACUGGAACUGGCUGAUGAUGUUGACCUGGCAAAUAUAGCUGAGAAAAUGGAGGGUUAUUCAGGUGCAGACAUUACCAACGUAUGCAGAGAUGCAUCACUGAUGGCUAUGAGAAGACGUAUUGAAGGCUUGACACCAGAAGAAAUAAGAAAUCUUUCCCGAGAUGAAAUGCACAUGCCAACAACCAUGGAAGACUUUGAAAUAGCUUUAAAGAAAGUUUCUAAAUCUGUAUCUGCUGCGGACAUUGAGAAAUAUGAGAAAUGGAUAGUUGAGUUUGGAUCCUGCUGAGUUGUCUUAUCUUGAAGAAACCACCUUGCGUCUUAAAGCAGCUCUAGAAGUAAUAAGUAGUGUGUCAGUGCACUGCGUACUCUAACUUUUGUAAUUUAAGAGCAACAGAUGUCUAAAUAAAUUUUUUUCAAUGC